AUGGAGGCUGUAGAAGCAGUAAUUCAAAAUAAAAUAUUUGCAUAUCUCCUUGUGAUUAAUAGAGACACAGAGAAAUUACAGGAAAAGUUGAAUCUACCCCUCUCCUUACAUAACAGAUAUUGUCCUGUUCUUUAUGUCGGGUAUGUAAAAUUAUUACUGUUUAUAUUAUACCAGUCCUGUUCUUUAUGUUGGUCCUGUUCUUUAUGUCGGGUAUGUAUAAUUAUUACUGUUUACAUUAUACCAGUCCCGUUCUUUAUGUCGGGUAUGUAUAAGCAUUACUGUUUAUAUUAUACCAGUCCUGUUCUUUAUGGAAGAAAUAAUUCGAAGAUAGUAAUUUACGGUGAAAUCAACAAGUUUGUUCCAAUGUCUCAACAACGUAUUUUCAAAUUCUGGAAUGAUGCCAAUUCGCUGGCUGUCACAAUUCGGGGAUUUCCCAAUGAAAACGCCACGUUUGUGUACUCUGUUGAUGGCAUGAUCAAAACAACGUAUAAUAUAAUAGAUCAGAAAACACAGUGUGCUACAGUUACAUUGUUUGGUAAACCGAACAUUCCAUCUGGCCUAGAUUGUACCUAUACCCAACCAACACCCAAAUCACGACCUAAACAUAAACCAUUUGAAAAAAUAGACUAUUCUAUCGGACUUCGGUAUGAUAUUGGUAGUCCUGAUGGAUUCAUAAUAAAAUUUUAA